GACAGGCAGUCGGCGGGGCUUUUUUUUUUUUUCAGACGGUGGAAGUAUCCGAGCAGCCAGAGAGCCCAGGGGCGGCCGGUGGGAGGAGGCAGAGAGUCCGCAGCUGCUGAGCCGCACACAGCCUCUUUGAUACCCGCAAGAGGAAGGAGCCGCCCGCCCGCACCACCAACCCAUGUCCACGGAUCUGUCUGAGGACCGGGACCUGGACGGGUUCGGAGAGCAGACGACAGACGUUCACAACAGACCAGCGGACGUCGGCAGCGGGACAUCGGGGAGCAAAAUGGCGUCCAUACCGGAGUUCUAUGCCGGAAAGAACGUUCUGAUCACGGGAGCCACGGGCUUCAUGGGGAAGGUGCUGAUGGAGAAGCUGCUGAGGUCGUGUCCCGAAGUCAAAGCCCUCUACAUCCUGGUCAGACCCAAAGCUGGCCAGUCCAUGCAGCAGAGGGUCAGCGACAUGAUGACCUGCAAGCUGUUCGACCGGGUGCGGGAGGACAACCCCGACUUCCACCAGAAGAUCAUCCCCAUCAGCAGCGAGCUGACGCAGCCCGGCCUCGCCAUCAGCCCAGAGGACGUGGAGCGACUCACCGCCUGCAUCAACGUCGUCUUCCACUGCGCCGCCACCAUCCGCUUUGACGAGCCGCUCAAACACGCCCUGCAGCUGAAUGUGAUCGCCACGCAGCAGCUCCUCGGCCUGGCCCGGCAGAUGCACCACCUCGAGGCCUUCAUUCACAUCUCCACCGCCUAUGCAAACUGCAACCGCAAGCACAUCGACGAGGUCAUCUACCCGCCACCCGUUGAGCCCAAGAAACUCAUCGAAUCUCUCGAGUGGAUGGACGACGGCAUGGUGCGUGACAUCACACCGCGGCUCAUUGGCGACCGACCCAACACGUACACGUACACCAAGGCGCUGGCCGAGUGCGUGGUGCAGCAGGAGCAGGACAAACUCAACAUCGCCAUCAUCAGACCCUCCAUAGUGGGAGCCAGCUGGCAGGAACCUUUUCCUGGCUGGAUCGACAACUUCAACGGGCCGAGCGGAGUCUUUAUAGCUGCUGGAAAAGGGAUCUUACGCACAAUGAGAGCAAACAAUGACGCAGUGGCUGACCUGAUCCCCGUCGACGUGGUCAUAAACCUCACCCUGGCUGCAGGCUGGUACACCGCUGUCCACAGAAGGAAAACAGACAGAGAGCAAAAUAUAAGGCCUAAAACAGCGCUGGUGUACAACUGCACGACGGGCGGCACCAACCCGUUCCACUGGGGAGAGAUCGAACACCACGUGAUGUCAUCCUUUAAGAGGAACCCUCUGGAGCAGGCUUUCCGCAGACCCAACGCCAACAUCACCUCCAACUACCUGAUCAACCAGUACUGGAUCCUGGUCAGCCACAAGUUCCCCGCUCUCAUCUACGACUUCAUCCUGCGUCUCUCGGGACAAAAGCCGCAGAUGAUGCGCAUCUUUAACCGCCUGCACAAGGCCAUCAGUCUGCUGGAGUACUUCAGCAGUCAGGACUGGGAGUGGAACUCUGACAACUUGAGCAUGCUGAUGAGCCAGCUAACCCCAGAGGACAAGAAGACCUUUAACUUCGAUGUACGCCAGCUGAACUGGCCUGAGUACAUCGAGAACUACUGCAUCGGCACCAAGAAGUACGUCCUGAAUGAAGACAUGUCCGACAUUCCUGCUGCCAGGCAACAUCUGCGGAAACUGAGGAACAUUCGUUACACCUUCAACACCGUGUUAGUCGUUUUCAUCUGGAGGGUGUUUAUCGCUCGCUCUCAGAUGGCAAGAAACAUCUGGUACUUUGUGGUCAGCCUCUGUUUCAAGUUCCUCUCCUACUUCCGAGCAUCCAGCACCUUAACCAAUUGAGUCUUCCUCAUCGCCUCAAACAACAGAUGGCAGCCCCCCCACCCACCACCCACCCACCUUUUAGUAACAUCUGUGACUCCAGCCAUCCACAGAAGACUCUUAAAAUCCAACUUUUUUUUUCUGUGGAUGAGCAGGACGUUUUUUAAAGGCCGGGGGCUGCAGUCGAGUGAAGCACUCAGAAGAGGGGGGGGGGGGGGGAAAGGUCUUCUAGCCAUGAAUUAUUUGUUUAGUUUGGAAAUCUGUCACCGGUUUCUGCACAGUUCAGUCAUCACACGCCGUCCCAGAAAGAGUUGUCAUAUAUUUUGUACCUAACGUUUUCUUCUUAAAGUGGCCAACUAUAUAUGCAACAAUAAGCCUUUUGUGUGACUUCCAUUCUCUCCUCCAUGUCAUCGUUUCCAUCCUCUUGAAUCUCAGUACAUUGCCUUGCCUUGUGAUGAUUUUUUUUUUCAUACUUGAAAUAUGGCAGUGCUUCAGUGGAGGAUGAUUUCUAUAAGAUUAUUUUGUUUUGUUUUUUUACUGUGGGGGUAUCCAGUUCCUUUCUUUGAUACGCAGGGCAUUUGGGUAUCUGUAUGUUUCGCAUUAAGUGUAUCUACCGCCUUUUUAAGAUUACACCCAAAAACGGUUGUUAAAAAACCAUCUCAAGGCCAAUCCACAGAUUUUUGAGACCAGUAUGAAAACAUAUUCUGACCACACAGACUACUGCAUCACUAUAUUUACCAAAACAUGCAGAUCGGCCAUUUUUCCUGCUGUCGAGGUCGUCAGUUAUUAACCAUCACAGAUGAUAACGUCAACAUGUCAACGAUCAUAAACCUUGUUUGUUUGAAUGCUCAUCCACUUUUUGCCUGUUUGUACAGCAGUUUGUACUGAAACUAAGUUUACUACUUUUACAUCUUUAUACUUGCGUCAAAGGCUAGUCUGAUACAUGUGGUAGACCUUGGCUGUGUAUUAUAUAUAAAUAAGAGUACAUCAGAGUUCCAGUUUAUUUGUAUAGCCCUGUAUCACAUACUGUACAGUCAGUGUCUCCCAACACUUCCCAAACCAAGUCCAUGUUUUCAAAGAAGACGAACUCAACCAAAAGCCCAAAAGGUGUUUCAAAGAAGUACUGCUCUCUUUCUUCGGAUGGCUGGCUGUCAAAUAGCUGCCAUCGAAGAGAAAUAAUGACAUUAAGUUGUAAUAGUCAAAAAUGCAAAACAGAACAAAUGGAUUCUCAAAGGUCCAAAGUUAUUGUAGCUAAUUCCAAAAUGAAAAAGUCCAUGGAUUGAGUCUGGAUAAAUAGGUCUUGUAUCAGUGAUACAUGCAGUUCCAUGCCCAGUAUUUUAGAUAAGUAUGGGGGACCAAGCUUGCAGUAGAGAAAAAAUAUGGACAUCACCCAGUUACAGUUUUUGCCUGGAGUUCAACCGAGCUAAAGGGGUAGCCAUCCAUUUUAAACAACAAGAAAACUUUCAACACUUCUCUAACCACCUGGAUGAGAUAUUGCAACUCCGCUUUGGAUCCAAACCAGGAUUUCAAAUCUCUAAUCACUGGAUAACAAACUUUGAUCUGCAGAUGAAACAUUUUCGCAUCCGCACGGUUUGAAAGUUCCUUGAGGUUUCUAAAAAAACACAAGAACUGAAGAAAGUGUGAAAUGUAUUUGAGAAGACGAUGGAACCAUCGACUGAAGAUAUCUAUUACUUCUUGAGGCAGGCCUCUGGAUACUUAAGCCAUCUUGAGGUUUGUUUGAAAUGGCUGAGAAGGAACAUUUAUUUAUUUUUUAGGUAGACCAAAUUGAUUCGGCUUAAACGAAGAAUUGUAAAAAGAAAAAGUAGGGGGCCAAGUAUGGAGCCUUGAGGGACGCCAUAGCUUAUUAAUGGAGAGAUGUACUCCUAUUUUUAAGAUAUGUGACCAAUUUAUUAGCUUGGACCUAAAUCACAAAAGUGCAAGAUUAUAAACGAGGUACAUAAGGCCCUCCUGGUAAUACACCCUUACCCCUGUUUGAAACAUCUGUAAAUAGCUGAACUACAUAUUAUUCUUAUAAACUACCAAAAAGUUGUAUUUGACUGUUGAUUUUUGCUUGGUGAGUGUCUGCACAGGAUUCCACCACAGAGCUUCCCACAGAUCUACCAAAAGUGUUAAGUGUGAAAGGCAAGUCUGAUUUUUACUAAACCAACGAGAAAACUGUGUACAGCGUUGUGUUUGUUGCAAGGCUUGACUCUUGACAGAAUGCAAAUGCAUAACAGCUAUGAGCCUUUAUGGGAGGAAAAGGGACAAAACUAAAUAAAUGUUUAUGCAAAGCUCAA